AUGAGGCAAAUAAACAUCAUAGUAAAAAAGGAAAUCCACUGCGCUAUUCACUCAGUCCGCUACUGAUUUCUGGAAACGAGGAUUGGGAGGCAGGAAAGGUUUCAAACAAAGCAAGGGGAGAUGCUGAAUGGCUGGUAUCGACCAGCCUGCUGGCUGGUGAUAGUGCUAGCUUGGUGCAAUGUAUCACCUGCUCUGAGUGCCUGCACGUUUGGUGUAGACAACCCAGCCGCUGCGGGAUGCGUUCAUUACGAUUUGAGCGCUCUGCAAAAUCCCAAAGGUUACAAAGCUACUGAUGAGGACCACGCAGACUAUUCGUAUGUGUUGAAUGUUUGCAAUAACUUGGAUGCUAGCUCCCUGCCAUCGAGUUGCGCAUCGCUACCCGCCUCUCCAGCGGUUCAGAUUGUCGACAAGUGUUACAGCAUUGGCGAGCUGAACAGUUCGUUUGUGUACCCUGUGGAUCCUGCUAACGCUACGGCUGGUGUUCGUGUUGUCUACUACAAUGGGGACACUCAUUCCGAUCAGCAAGAUAAGAGGGAGAUCAUGGACUAUGGUAGUAUUGGCAUUGGUGAUGCUGAGCAAGGAAAGCCUUUGCCGAAAGAUGUGCAUGACAUCAUCGCCAAUCGUCGCGCUGUCAUCCUUGAUUUCAUCUGUGACCCAAGUGCCGGCAUGGGAAGCCCGCAGGAGGUGCAUGCGUGGCCUCCGUACGUCUACAGAGUGACAUGGCGAUCAGCACAUGCCUGUCCAGUGAGCACGUCUACAACCGCAUGUCCUGCGCCUCCAUUUGAACCAAACUGGCUGAGUGUUUCAUUCCGCCCUCGGCCGACCUGGUUUGAUGAUGUGAAGUUUGGCAUUUUCAUUCACUGGGGAAUUUUCAGCGUGCCGUCAUUUAAAACUGAGUGGUAUUGGAGACGGCUCAUGACUGGAGAUCCGGACACUGUCAACUUCCACAAUCGAGUUUACGGCUGCUCAGGUGUACAGCCUGAGAAGUUCCCGUGCACCGGGGAGGAGUUCAGCUAUGCUGACUUUGCACCCAUGUUCAACACUGACUUCUAUGAUCCAGAUGAGUGGGCUGCGCUCUUCAAGAAUUCGGGUGCAAAAUAUAUUGUGCUGACAUCCAAACAUCACGAAGGGUGGUGCAACUUCCCAAGUGCUCAACAUUGGAACUGGAACAGCAUGGACACUGGUCCUCAUCGUGAUCUUGUUGGGGAGUUGACAGACAGUGUGAGGGCAGCAGGGCUACACAUGGGUCUGUAUCACAGCAUGAGAGAGUGGUACAACCCUCUCUUCCUGGAGGAUAAUGACAACAACUGCACGGAUCCGAAAUUUGUCGACGAGGUUCUGAUGCCAACGUUGAAGGACAUGACCACUAGAUAUAAGCCUGAAGUCAUCUGGGCUGAUGGUGCCGCUGGUGACAACCGAUGUUCCCGUGAUUCAGUCACCUACUGGAAAGCACCAGAAUUUAUCAGCUGGUUGUACAAUGAAAGUCCUGUCAAGGAUACUGUGCUGGUGAACAGUCGCUGGGGAACUGGCAGUGGAGGCGAUUACACUACAGGACCUGAUCGCUGGACACCUGGCAAGAAAGUGUCCAGCAAGUGGGAGAGUUGCUUCACCAUUCAACAACACUCUUGGGGCUUUGACCGAACGGAGGGCAUCGCCAACUUCAUCAACACCACCGACUUGAUUUACCAACUUGUCGACACUGUCAGCUGCAAUGGAAAUCUUCUGUUGAACAUCGGACCAACAGCUGAUGGAAGAAUUGUCCCAGCCUUUGAAGAGCGACUGCUACAAAUUGGAGAUUGGAUGAAGGUGAAUGGUGAUGCCAUUUACGGCACAAAGCCAUGGAUUGCGCAGAACGAUACUAGCGCCAAACGCAUCUGGUAUACCCAAUCAAAGGCAACCGGUGAUGUGUAUGCUAUCUCCUUUGACUGGCCAGUACAUGUGAGUGGUGGCAAGCCAGGUGAUGUAGUGCUGACUCAAAUCAAGAAUGCUCCCAGCACAGUGUCCGUGCAGAUGAUGGGUAUGUCGGGCAAGCUGACAGCAAGUCAAGCGGCAGAUGGUUUUCACAUUACAGUACCGGAUGUGGACACUAUUCGUCUGCCAUGUCAGCAUGCCUGGGUGUUUGUCAUCAGUGGCUUGUAAUUUCAUAAUCCUCCUAAAGCUAUAGUUUGUCUAUUUAUCCAAAGAAUAGCAUCUCUUUUGCUUGUCUGUUUUUCUUAGUCAUCAUUCGUCUUUGUAGAAGUUUAUCUCGUUUGAAAUUAUAUGUUCUAUGAGUGUGGUUAUGGCAUGUUCCAUUCGAUGUAACCAUGCACUCAGUGUAUGCAGCUGGCCUGCUCUGUGCUGCUCUUUCACUGCCUGGACAUAGUGUUCGUACUAUGCGUGUCCUUUUGAAGUAGCUGCUCUUGUUUCUUUGAUCUUGGCUGUACUGUGUGUUCCCACAUCGUGACGAGCUAAGUUUCCGUAUUCGUUGUCAUGAGUUAAGGCUCUGUGUUUUCUCAAUAAUUCCGAACUUCUCACAACGUACGAGAGGUAAAUAAUACUGAGCAGCUCCCUA